AUGAUUGAAGAAGAUAAAAAAGGAGAGAUCAUCAUGAAAAAUAUUCUUUAUCUUGGUGAGCUUUACAACAGAGGAAACUAGAGAAAUCUAUUAAAUAAAUGGUUUUAAGACUCUAUUAAGAAUUAUGUUUUAGAGUCUAUUGCUUCUCCUUUAAUAGCUAAGUAUAUACAUUGCAGCUCAUCUGCAAGAGUUAAAGAUUUCAUCCUAAAAAGAGCUGAUAAAUCAAAACCUAAAUACAUGGGAAUUAUGGAAUAAUAUUUCUUUUAAAUUAAUAAACAUAAUUAAGGUGACCGAUUCAAGGAAAGAUUAAACGCCGUCCUUUUAAAUCCAAUUGAUUACUCUACCAAACAAUUUAUAUCAACUUAUAAUAACGAAAAGACUAUUCGUAAAUAAUUUGUCUGCUAUCUCAUCCUCCGCUACUUUGAAUCAUAUGACAAACAUUAAUUUCCUUCAUUUUAUGAAUUAUGGAAUUUCUGCUUUCCUGAAGAAGCAUAAAUCAAAAAAAAACUCUCUAGAUUUGAUGAGAAGGUUGGAAAGAAAAGAUCAAAUUGCAAAAUAAAUAUAAAUAUUAGUAAUAAUGACACAAAUUUUUCUUCAGAAAGCUUUCUAAAAAACAGACUUUGUAUAUCUAUUCCUAAAGAAGUAAAUAGCUUUAAUUAAGAAUCUCCUUCAAAUAAUGAUUCUUAAACAUUCAUUUAAAGAAUUUAGAUAUAAAAUUAAUUUGAAGUAUAAUAAUAAUAAGAAGAUAGCUAUGUUAGUUAAUAAAUAAAAAAUUAUCCUAAAAAGAAAUAAAUUAAUAACCAUAUAUUCGAAGAUCACGAUGAUGAUUAUGAAGAUGAUAUAUAAGAAAAAGAUGUGGAGUUGUAAGAAAGUACUUAAUAGUAGUUUCCUAUUUAUGAAAAAAACUCAGAUUUAUUUUAAGUAAAUGAGUUUUUACAAUAUAAUUAGAAUCAAUAAUACAAAAACUAUUCUUUGUCAAACGAAUAUGAUUAAAAUUUAUUUUAUUUUUAUAACUAAUAAUAUUAUUUACCUAUUUAAGAAACAAUUAAGUGA